GGCGUGGCACUACUGGUGACACAACCGUAUAUACCUUCAAGGAAACAUUCUCAUUUUUUCACCUCAUAAAUGACCAACAACACUCCGUCACAACCAGCAAACAUCGGAUAGAGAUGGAGAGACUUGUUUAGCAACAAUUGUCGGCGUUUCUGCGGGCGAUCAUCGGAUGGCAUUGUUGUAUUUCCAGCUGGGGCAAAUGGCUUUCCUGUAGCUAUCUUGUGGUUGCAACCAACUGUUAGUGAUGCGUUUCAACGAGAAGGAGAUGGUGCAUUUAAGCCGCCAGCCGUCAGAAAUGGUAGCUGAGCUGGGGAUGCGAGGACCCAAGAAAGGAGACGUUGUGAAGAGGAGGCUGGUGAAACUUGUUGUUAACUUCCUCUUCUAUUUUAGAACUGAUGAGGAAGAACCUGUUGGAGCUUUGCUGUUGGAGCAGUGUCGGGUGGAGAAGGAGGACAACCUGACCUUUUCCAUUGUAUUUCUAGAAGAGGCGGAAAGGAAAUACCUUUUUGAGUGUGAUUCAGAGGAGCAGUGCGGCAAGUGGAUGGACUCUAUUGUCAAGGCCAGCUAUGAGUUCAUGAGGAGGAACCUCAUAUUCUACAGAACCGAGAUCCACAGGCUGACUGGCAAGGAUCCGUUGGAACAGUACGGCAUUUCAGACGAAGCUCGCUUUCAAGUCACAAAUGGCCUGCAACAUACACCGAGAGACUCUUCCUCUAUGUAGACCUACACUGUGUCUGGAAUCUUCUUAAUUUUUUUUAUUUUAUUUUAUUUUUUUAGUUCAUCUUGCCAUUCCAGACAGUACCAGCACUCCAGCCUGACAAACAGUGGCAUUCAAGCUCCAUAGUUUAUACACACUUUUGUUUUUACAGUAUUUUGAACAUGUCAAGCAGCUUUAGCAAGUGUGUAUCUUAAACCACUGACUUGGGGACAAUGGAAUACUUGUCUUUGGUUUUUAGGAAGUCAGAGCCAGUUUCUGUCACCACACCUGUGUAGUUGUUUUCCAGUUAAUAGACUGUAAUUUUAGAUAUUGUGAUUUUUGCGAGUGUCAUUGCAAGCUCUGAUUUUCUAUCUGGUGACUGCACUGGGAGAAUUACAGUAGAUAAAUAUAAACAAUACAAUUAUUUUAAGAUGCCUAAUUCACUUUUGGCUUACUGAUGGGGUUUAGAAACUGCUGAGUUGAGCCACGUUUUUAUUUUGAUAUUUUGUUUGUGAGAAAAAUACCUUUGGUUACAAGUAUGUAAUAUGUGUAAAUAUGUGUUUAUCGCCUUCUUGUCCUAACUACUUGGAUUGUCGAAAGAAAUACUUUUGCACAUAGUACUUUGCUUGGUGUUGAUGGUUUAUUUACUUGGAACAUUUACGUUUCUAUUGCACUUUUAUUCAUAUGUCUUUGGCUAAGUUGUAGGACAAUGCUAAGAUACAAAUCUCUUGACUCCCUGUUGUUUUUGUGUGAGUAGCUCCAAUUCACUGAACCACAUCAUAUGUAAAGAAAUGUAUAUAUGCUGUAAUGUGGUUAUAAUGGUGAUUUCCAUAUUCAACAAUCAUAUCCCUACUGGAGGUCAUUGCUGUUCAAAAAUGCAGGUUUAUUUGAAAGUAAUAUAGCAAUAAAGUUUAUGAUUA